AUGCUGGCCAGCAGCACAUGCCCCAGGCAAUGCAAAGCGGAGCGGCUCCCGGCAGAGAAAUGUGCUGCCGAGGACAGCAGACAGUUUCAGAAGGCAGAUUUUCUCAUGAUUUAUCCUCCGAGCUCCAGGCUUUUGCGGUAUUUUCUCCUGCAGAUGACUUCAGCGCUUCUAAGUCCGAGAUUUUUGGAUCAGCAUCGGUAUUCGUGGAACAUCAGAAUUGCAGACCUGUCCAAACUCUCAUCCAAGACAGCCGGCAUGAUGACAGGAGCCCGUGGCAGCGGAGGGCGCACCUCCAAUUGUUGCCGAGCUCUUCCUCAGUGGCCGUGCACCGCUCCUUGGGCGGCAGUCGUUGUUGUUCUUGACUGGUCCGCGGGCCUGCGCUUCCUUCCUCCGCCCUCGACGCCCCGACGUGACAAGGAUGGCGGCGAGCCGUGGACGCCCGAGACACUCUGCCCCGACAGCGAGGAUGAGUCUACGUCGGAGGUUCUACUGGCAGACACGUCUGAAUUCCAGACUGACCUGGAGUCCUCAUGGCUCGCGCUGCACAGCAUCGAGGAGACGCUGCAGCAGCUGGAGCGCAUCAGCGAUCGGCGUGCUGGCAUCCUGGGGACAAUGCUCUCCCGGGGUGCGGUGCUGCCGGAAGCGAGCGAGGUGCAGGUGCCGCAGUCUUCGAAGGAGUCUGGGACGAAUGCUCUGGACCCGUGCGACCCUCCACGGCUGUUGUUGCCGAGCUUGUUGGAGUACCUCACCGUGGAUGACAUUAUGGAGUGGCGCCGGACAUCCCAGCAGACCAGACGCCCCAGGGUCUUCAUACAGCACCUGACCGAAAUGGGCAGGUUGGACAGGUCCGAGUCAAUUCUCGAUUUUUCUGCAAAGUGGAAGAGGAAUGAGGCUGCCGUAAAAGACCCUCGAGAUGUCACGGAAAGGAAGUUCUUUGAGUGCCGAUGGUGGUGUAUGAGACUGGCGAAAGCUCGCCACUACACCCAACUGUUUCCAGAAAGCGAUGUUGUCGUGCAAGCAAACCUUCGAGACUUGCUUGUUCACUGCAACGACGUGGACGAUUCCGUGCGUUGGUCCGCGCACCACCUUAUUCAGAACCACGUAGGCCUUGGCAGCCACGCAUCUGUGCAGCGACUGAUUGCGGAAGCCAUGCUGGGCUUAAUGGCAGACCGGCUACCAGAGACCGCCGAAAUUUGCAAGGAGAACUCGUACCAGGUAUUGCGGUGUUCAUUGCCUCUUCCAUGGGUUGUGCGUGCACUGACGAAGUCUCAGCGUCAGAAAUGGGUGUCCUUGCUUGUCAGACUCCUGGAUCCGAAGUCAUACCAGAGCACAGUGAUUGAGCACCUCACGCUCCUAUGGCGGGCUGAUGACGAUCCCAGACGAAGCUACGCAGAAGCAGACAGGCAGCUGCAGGCUUUGUCACAGCAUUCCGGCCGCGAUGUGAAGGAAGCGCUCUUCAAGCUCCGCAUGUGCUGA